GCCCUGGCCCAGGGAUCCCAUGCCCCCCAGGGAAGCUCCAGCACCCCCUCCCCCACCUCCACCCACCCUAUCUCCUGUACAGUCUGGACACACUGACAUGUUUGAUCCUUUCACUUACAAGGCUGGAACGGCAGAGGCAUCCUCGGCGCUAACAUAUAAAAAUGAUAGAACAUCUGCUUUGGAGUCAUGUAUAGCUUCUGGCACAGAUUACAUAGAUACUAGCAAGUCAACUGGGCUACAGGAAUCUUCUGUUCUGUCGGGAGCAAGUGAGGAGGGUCGUAGAAGCCAAAGUAUAGAGAUGAGGAGAAGCAAAUCCCGGCAAGUAGAGGCAUCUCACCGGGAGAAAACAAGGAGUCGCAAGAAGCAGCGCCGUGGAAGAUCUGAGAGUCGUUCCCCAAGCAGCCGGCGGGAUCGCAAGAAACGCAAAAGAUCGAGAUCACGGUCUCGCCGACAUAAGAAGCGACGAUCACGUUCAAGAUCACACUCCAAAACUCAUAGCCGGUCUUCCCACAAGAAGAAGCGCAGAAAGCACAGCUCACGCCAUGAGAGAGAUAGAGGAGAGAGGCGAAGCAAGAAGUCAAGAAGACGUAGUAUAUCCUCAUCAUCUUCCUAUUCGUCUGAACGUUCUUACUCCUCAUCCAGGUCUUCAUCAGAGUCUGAGGAUGAGGUUCAAGUCAUUGAUUCCCCAGCACAUAGCAAGAGAGGGUCACGUGCCUCAAGUGAGGUCAGUGUAGGAGCUUCUGAACUGUCCCUUGUUGGCCCUAUGACAAGAAUACCUGAAGAGAGUAUGUCUGGCCCUCAACCCCACUACCACCGCUGCAUUCUUCAACUCUGCGUCUAACGUCUGCUGCUGAUGAUAAAAUGGCGACUGUAGAGGAGGAAGCUAUGAUAGAGGCAACUGGAAAUGGGAGUGCAGCAAGUAGUGGAGAAGGAGAGAUGAAAGAGGAAAAGAAAGAGGAGAAGAAGCCAUUGUUUAAUCCCCAGAGUAGUGCUGCCAUGGCAAAAAUUGCAAUGGGAUUACGAGCGAAAGUUCAUGCACUGCUCGAAAAGGAGAGCAAACUAUGAAGAAAUGCAAAUGAAAGAAGAGAUAAAAAACAAUCAAUAUUUUUGUCCAUGGGAAUUGUGAUAUGUGAUUUUGAUCUUUUGAAAUGUGUAUUUCAUUUGGCCUGAUACUGUUAUUGUCUAGAUUAUAUGCUUUGCAAAAAAAAGGGUUCAAACCUUAUGUGGAACAUUUUGGAUAUUGAACAUUUGGAAUGACAAAG